GAAGAGAAGCACUGAAGAAGCAGAAGAAGACGCUCACUCUCUGUUCCUGUUUACAUGCAGUAUGUUGUCAUAAUGAUACUGUCGAGAAGUGAGUGAACUCAAUGAAAGAGGAGGAGGUCGUUGGGAUGUGAGCUCCUGCUCCCACAGUCAAGUCCAUACGGAAAUGGACGAGAUCAGUCCUUUGUUGGCCAACCAACCCCAAGAGACGCCGGACCUUCUGUCUCCAAACCUGAGGCCGAGACACCAGGAACUUAUCCCAACACCAUGUGGACCAAUAAAGCCCUGGUCAGAGCUGUCAUGCCUGGUGAAGCUCUACUUCUGCUUCACCAUCGCGUCUCUGCUGGCGCUGCUGGGCCUCACGCUGACCAGCAUCUACAAGCAGCGCAUGCACACAGACGAGUCUGAAGAGGACAACUUCACCGUGUCUCUCAUCCAGUUGGUGGGAAUACUGUUCUGCAUCUACUACAUCAGCCGUGGCGUCCUGCAGGAGAACAGACAGGAGCUGGUAGUUUUUGUGCUCACUGUGUCAGUCGUCAUGAUUCGAUCAGUGGUCAACUUUGUCGUGCUGGGGUCAAAGAGCAAGCAGGAGCUGCUGGUGCGUUUCGCUUGCAUCAUGUGUCUGGGCGUGGUGCUCGUGUUCUGCACAAUGCUGCUCAUCCUGAGGCCCAACAUGAUGGCAUUCCGUGUGGGCGGUGCCUUGGAGAGGCUUCAGGAGCAGUACUUCUUACUCAACCUGUGUUUCUCCAUGGUGACCUUUGACCUGCAGGCACAGUUGUGUCUGUGUAUCCUGAUCAUGACAUCAGAUUCAACCAUGUCUGCUAACAACUCCAUCAUCCUGGGUGUGGGAGUCGUCUGGGCCUGUCUUACUGCUGCUGUAGGCGUCACCGCAGUCUUGAAGGAAGCCAAGGUCCUGGUUUGGGUCUUCAUGGUGCAGAACCUCCCUCAAGUAGCCUUCUUUGUGUAUCUAAUGUAUACGGUGAUAACGCAUUGGUUUAAGGACAGCAUCUACACACUGGAGGCAGCUGCUGUCACCGGUGCUUUGAUUUCACUGGUGAUUAAAGUGGUUUUACUCUGGGGCCUCAUCAGACUUGUGCACAGCUUCGGUCAAGGCCUGAGGGAGAGAAUGUUUGCAUCAAGCAAGUGAUAAAAUGCCCUGGUGGUGAAGAACAACACUGCACACUGAGGGUCUGACAUCAAACAUCAGCUCACGGUUUUGAUGGCAGAUAAUCCAGAUAUUCUUUUAGAUCUAGAGUCUUUUUUUGCACUGAAUGAGCAUUAGACUGAAUUUAAUUUAACUAACAUAUCUGUUUUCUUACUGUGCCUGUUGUAUGUGAAGUGCCACAAAACACUUUCCUAUCAAACUACAUGAAAUACCUUCUUGUAGUUUGGACUAUUUAAAUGUGAUUGUUGGUCAUACUUCUCUAUGAGUAGAUGCCAAAGUUAAUUUUUAAUUUAAAUUGCAAAACCUUAACUUAACUCUAAACACUGGAAACAAUUUUAAUCUUUUUUUUUUGUACUAAACGUUCUGCUGCACCUUAAUCAACUCUUUUAAAUACAUGUUUUUUUUUUUUU